AACUACUAAGCAAGAUACGCCCCCUUUUUCUGCAAAACUUCAAAAUGGCUACAAGAAGUGACCUUGAUGCUCUGGUGGUCCAGGUGGAAGGAUUGGGUAUACAGGAGAACCAAGCUGGCUCAGGGGCUUAUGGCUGUGUCUUUAGAGUGACGGUGAAUGGAAGAGACUGCAUUGCUAAGAAGCUUCAUCACUUAUUGCUCGAAGAGCGAUAUCUUGGACAGAGGGAGAGCAUUGUAGCGAAGUUCAGAAAUGAGUGUCAUAUUCUGAGCGGUCUGGAUCACCCCAACAUUGUCGGUUUCGUUGGAGUCCAUUACGGCCGCGAUAAGAACGACAUCAGUCUAAUAAUGGAGAGGCUUCAUUCCGACUUGGCUGAUUUUAUUGAAACCCAUCGAGACACGAAUAUCGCCACUAGAAUCCAUAUCCUGUAUGAUGUAUCCAAAGGCCUUCACUAUCUCCACUCUCUAACCCCUCCCCUCAUCCAUCGUGACCUCACUGCUCCCAACAUCCUGCUCACUGAGGACCUCACUGCCAAGAUCGGAGACCUGGGUGUCUCCAGAUACGUGGACCUGGAGAGACUAACUCAAAUUGUUCUAACAAGUACCCCAGGAAAUGCAGGCUACAUGCCUCCCGAGUGUCACGUGGAACGGCCCACCUACACUACCAAGCUGGACAUCUUCUCAUUCGGUCAUCUCAUCAUUCACACUGUUAUCGGCGAUUUCCCUAAAGUCUACGACAUACUUCGAAGUGAUCCCAACUAUUUCAAAUAUAUUAACGAUGGAAAAGAGGAGAUCAUGCGUCGAAGUACUGCUGUCCAUGGUGACAAAAUGGGGGAGAAACACGCUCUUUAUCCUCUUGUUGUUAGCUGCCUUCAUGACCGACCUCAACAGAGACCAUCAGUUGACGAAGUGAUUGUCUCACUCAGAAAGCUGUGUCUACAGCACCCCAGGAUGGCAUUUCUGGAUGCUUGUAAGACAGGUGAUGUGGGUGUGGUUCUGGAGCUACUGGAGUGUGGGGCUGAUCCCAACCAGGCAGACAAGGAUGGUGUAACUGCUCUUCACUGGGCUAGUAAUAAUGGACAUGAUGAGAUAGUGAGGGUCCUCUUAACAGCCAAAGCUACAGUCAACACUCAGACCAAGUCGGGACGGACCCCUCUUUACACAGCCAGUUUCAAUGGUCACCAGAAAUGUAUGGAGCUCCUAAUCGAUGCUGGGGCCAAUGUUGAUGUACCCAAAGAGGAUGGAGCCACUGCAUUGAUGGUAGCUGCUCAGAAUGGUCAUGUGAGGGCAGUGGAAGUCUUGAUUGCUGCCAAGGCUGGAGUUGACAUUCAAAAGAAGGAUGGAGCCACAGCAUUGGUCAUGGCCAGUCUGAAUGGUCACUGUGGAGUUGUUAGAAUGUUGUUGGAGGCCAAGGCUGACGUUCACAACAAGAAUAAUAACAACCAGACAGCUCUGUUUGUAGCCAGUAAUCAUGGACAUGAUGAGAUAGUGAGGGUCCUCUUAGCAGCCAAGGCUACAGUCAACACUCAGGAGAAGUCGGGAGCGACUCCUCUUUGGACAGCCAGUUUCAAUGGUCACCAGAAAUGUAUGGAGCUCCUAAUCGAUGCUGGGGCCAAUGUUGAUGUACCCAAAGAGUCGGGAGAGACCCCUCUUUUGGCUGCCAGUUUCAAUGGUCACCAGAAAUGUGUGGAGCUCCUAAUCGAUGCUGGGGCCAAUGUUGAUGUACCCAAAGAGGAUGGAGCCACAGCAUUGUGGGUAGCUGCUCAGAAUGGUCAUGUGAGGGCAGUGGAAUUAUUGAUUGCUGCUAAGGCUGGAGUUGACAUUCAAAAUAAGAAUGGAGCCACAGCAUUGUACGUGGCCAGUAAGGAGGGUCACUGUGGAGUUGUUAGAAUGUUGUUGGAGGCCAAGGCUGACGUUCACAACAAGACUAAUGACAACCAGACAGCUCUGUUUGUAGCCAGUAGGAAUGGACAUGAUGAGAUAGUGAGGGUCCUCUUAGCAGCCAAGGCUACAGUCAACACUCAGGAGAAGUCGGGAGCGACCCCUCUUUGGACAGCCAGUUUCAGUGGUCACCAGAAAUGUAUGGAGCUCCUAAUCGAUGCUGGGGCCAAUGUUGAUGUACCCAAAGAGGAUGGAGCCACUGCGUUGUAUGCAGCUGCUUAUAAUGGUCAUGUGAGGGCAGUGGAAUUAUUAAUUGCUGCAAAGGCUAGAGUUGACAUUCAAAAGAAGGAUGGAACCACAGCAUUGUACAUGGCCUGUACGAAUGGUCACUGUGGAGUUGUUCGAAUGUUGUUGGAGGCCAAGGCUGACGUUCACAACAAGAAUAAUAACAACCAGACAGCUCUGUUUGUAGCCUGUCACCAGGGACAUGAUGAGAUAGUGAGGGUCCUCUUAGCAGCCAAGGCUACAGUCAACACUCAGAAUACGUCGGGAGAGACCCCUCUUUACGCAGCCAGUUUCAAUGGUCACCAGAAAUGUAUGGAGCUCCUAAUCGAUGCUGGGGCCAAUGUUGAUUUACCCAAAGAGUCGGGACAGACCCCUCUUUGGACAGCCAGUUUCUAUGGUCAUCAGAAAUGUAUCGACCUCCUAAUCGAUGCUGGGGCCAAUGUUGAUGUACCCAAAGAGGAUGGAGCCACUGCGUUGUGGGUAGCUGCUCAGAAUGGUCAUGUGAGGGCAGUGGAAUUGUUGAUUGCUGCCAAAGCUAGAGUUGACAUUCAAAAUAAGAAUGGAGACACAGCAUUGGUCAUGGCCAGUCUGAAUGGUCACUGUGGAGUUGUUCGAAUGUUGUUGGAGGCCAAGGCUGACGUUCACAACAAGAAUAAUGACAACCAGACAGCUCUGUUUGUAGCCAGUAGGAAUGGACAUGAUGAGAUAGUGAGGGUCCUCUUAGCAGCCAAGGCUACAGUCAACACUCAGGAGAAGUUGGGAGUGACCCCUCUUUGGGCAGCCAGUUUCAGUGGUCACCAGAAAUGUAUGGAGCUCCUAAUCGAUGCUGGGGCCAAUGUUGAUGUACCCAAAGAGGAUGGGAUCACAGCAUUGUGGGUAGCUGCUCAGAAUGGUCAUGUGAGGGCAGUGGAAUUAUUGAUUGCUGCUAAGGCUGGAGUUGACAUUCAAAAUAAGAAUGGAGAUGGAACCACAGCAUUGUACAUGGCCAGUCAGGAGGGUCACUGUGGAGUUGUUAGAAUGUUGUUGGAGGCCAAGGCUGACGUUCACAACAAGACUAAUAACAACCAGACAGCUCUGCAUAUAGCCAGUAGGAAUGGACAUGAUGAGAUAGUGAGGGUCCUUUUAGCAGCCAAGGCUACAGUCAACACUCAGACCAAGGAGGGAGAGACUCCUCUUUGGACAGCCAGUUUCCAUGGUCACCAGAAAUGUAUGGAGCUUCUAAUCGAUGCUGGGGCCAAUGUUGAUGUACCCAAAGAGGAUGGAACCACAGCAUUGUGGGUAGCUGCUCAGAAUGGUCAUGUGAGGGCAGUGGAAUUGUUGAUUGCUGCCAAAGCUAGAGUUGACAUUCAAAAUAAGAAUGGAACCACGGCAUUGUACAUGGCCUGUAGGAAUGGUCACUGUGGAGUUGUUAGAAUGUUGUUGGAGGCCAAGGCUGACGUUCACAACAAGAAUAAUGACAACCAGACAGCUCUGUAUGCAGCCAGUAAUCAUGGACAUGAUGAGAUAGUGAGGGUCCUCUUAGCAGCCAAGGCUACAGUCAACACUCAGGAGAAGUCGGGACAGACCCCUCUUCGGACAGCCAGUUUCAAUGGUCACCAGAAAUGUAUGGAGCUCCUAAUCGAUGCUGGGGCCAAUGUUGAUGUACCUCAAGAGGAUGGGACCACAGCGUUGUGGGUAGCUGCUCAGAAUGGUCAUGUGAGGGCAGUGGAAUUGUUGAUUGCUGCCAAAGCUAGAGUUGACAUUCAAAAUAAGGAUGGAGCCACAGCAUUGUACAUGGCCAGUAAGAAUGGUCACUGUGGAGUUGUUAGAAUGUUGUUGGAGGCCAAGGCUGACGUUCACAACAAGACUAAUGACAACCAGACAGCUCUGUUUGUAGCCUCUCACCAGGGACAUGAUGAGAUAGUGAGGGUCCUCUUAGCAGCCAAGGCUACAGUCAACACUCAGGAGAAGUCGGGACAGACCCCUCUUUGGACAGCCAGUUUCUAUGGUCACCAGAAAUGUAUCGAGCUCCUAAUUGAUGCUGGGGCCAAUGUUGAUGUACCCAAAGGGGAUGGGACCACUGCAUUGUGGGUAGCUGCUCAGAAUAGUCAUGUGAGGGCAGUGGAAUUAUUGAUUGCUGCCAAGGCUGGAGUUGACAUUCAAAAUAAGGAUGGAGUCACAGCAUUGUACAAGGCCAGUCAGAAGGGUCACUGUGGAGUUGUUAGAAUGUUGUUGGAGGCCAAGGGUGGCGUUCACAACAAGAAUAGUUCAGGAGAGACCCCUCUUUGGGUAGCCAGUUUCAAUGGUCACCAGAAAUGUAUGGAGCUCCUAAUCAAUGCUGGGGCCAAUGUUGAUGUACCCGAAGAGACUGGAACCACUGCAUUGUGGAUAGCUGCUCAGAAUGGUCAUGUGAGGGCAGUGGAAUUGUUAAUUGCUGCGAAUGCUCAAGUUGAAAUUCAAGAGAAGGAUGGUUGGACGGCAUUGCACAAGGCCAGUCAGAAGGGUCACUGUGGAGUUGUUAGAAUGUUGUUGGAGGCCAAAGCUGACGUCCACAUCAAGACUAAUGAUGGAGUCACAGCAUUGUACAUGGCCAGUCAGAAUGGUCACUGUGGAGUUGUUAGAAUGUUGUUGGAGGCCAAGGCUGACGUUCACAACAAGACUAAUAACAACCAGACAGCUCUGUUUGUAGCCUCUCACCAGGGACAUGAUGAGAUAGUGAGGGUCCUCUUAGCAGCCAAGGCUACAGUCAACACUCAGGAGAAGUUGGGAGUGACCCCUCUUUGGACAGCCAGUUUCAGUGGUCACCAGAAAUGUAUGGAGCUCCUAAUCGAUGCUGGGGCCAAUGUUGAUGUACCCAAAGAGACUGGAACCACUGCAUUGUGGGUAGCUGCUCAGAAUGGUCAUGUGAGGGCAGUGGAAUUGUUGAUUGCUGCCAAAGCUAGAGUUGACAUUCAAAAUAAGGAGGGAGAGACCCCUCUUUGGACAGCCAGUUUCCAUGGUCACCAGAAAUGUAUGAAGCUCCUAAUCGAUGCUGGGGCCAAUGUUGAUGUACCCAAUGAGACUGGAACCACUGCAUUGUGGGUAGCUGCUCAGAAUGGUCAUGUGAGGGCAGUGGAAUUGUUGAUUGCUGCCAAAGCUAGAGUUGACAUUCAAAAUAAGGAUGGGACCACAGCAUUGUACAUGGCCAGUAGGAAUGGUCACUGUGGAGUUGUUAGAAUGUUGUUGGAGGCCAAGGCUGACGUUCACAAUAAGAAUAAUUGGGGAGAGACCCCUCUUUGGACAGCCAGUUUCCAUGGUCACCAGAAAUGUAUGGAGCUCCUAAUCGAUGCUGGGGCCAAUGUUGAUGUACCCAAAGAGGAUGGGACCACAGCAUUGUGGGUAGCUGCUCAGAAUGGUCAUGUGAGGGCAGUGGAAUUGUUGAUUGCUGCCAAAGCUAGAGUUGACAUUCAAAGGAAGGAUGGAGUCACAGCAUUGCACAAGGCCAGUCAGAAGGGUCACUGUGGAGUUGUUAGAAUGUUGUUGGAGGCCAAGGCUGACGUUCACAACAAGAGUAAUAACAACCAGACAGCUCUGUUUGUAGCCUGUCACCAGGGACAAGAUGAGAUAGUGAGUGUUCUCUUAGCAGCAAAGGCUACAGUCAACACUCAGGAGAAGUCGGGAGCGACCCCUCUUUGGACAGCCAGUUUCAGUGGUCACCAGAAAUGUACGGAGCUCCUAAUCGAUGCUGGGGCCAAUGUUGAUGUACCCAAAGAGUCGGGAGGAACCCCUCUUUGGGUAGCCAGUUUCAGUGGUCACCAGAAAUGUAUGGAGCUCCUAAUCGAUGCUGGGGCCAAUGUUGAUGUACCCGAAGAGUCGGGAGCGACCCCUCUUUACGCAGCCAGUUUCAAUGGUCACCAGAAAUGUAUGGAGCUCCUAAUCGAUGCUGGGGCCAAUGUUGAUGUACCCAGAGAGUUGGGAGCGACCCCUCUUUACGCAGCCAGUUUCAAUGGUCACCAGAAAUGUAUGGAGCUCCUAAUCGAGGCUGGGGCCAAUGUUGAUGUACCCAAUGAGACUGGAACCACAGCAUUGUGGGUAGCUGCUCAGAAUGGUCAUGUGAGGGCAGUGGAAUUGUUGAUUGCUGCGAAUGCUCAAGUUGAAAUUCAAGAGGAGGAUGGUUUUACGGCAUUGCACAUGGCCAGUCAGGAGGGUUACUGUGGAGUUGUUAGAAUGUUGUUGGAGGCCAAGGCUAACGUCCACAUCAAGACUAAUGAUGGAGCCACGGCAUUGCACAUAGCCAGUCAGAAGGGUCACUGUGGAGUUGUUAGAAUGUUGUUGGAGGCCAAGGCUGACGUCCAUAUCAAGACUAAUGACGGACGUACUGCCUAUGAUGUGGCUAGUAGGAAUGGACACACUCAAGUGUGUGAACUACUACACUGACUCUGUACCUUAUUAACUGUACAUGUGUUACCAUACAUCCUGUUCGUAUCAUGCUUUAAACUAUAUACAUCAUUUUUUCUUAAGGUUUUAUGCAAAUUUUGAUUGACAGUAUAAUUAAUGUACAAACGUACACAGUGCAGUGAUAGCAACUUUAUAAUUAUUGUCAUAACCAUUGUCAUUCAUUUUGUAUGUUCAACUUGUAAAUAUUUGCACUUAAUUUGAUAAAACAUGGAUACAAAACUUGA